ACAACAUAAAGCCACCAAAACCUAGUCCACCUCCUUUGGCUAUUCAUAGUCCGCCGCCCCACCCCAGCGUCCUUUAUCUCCCUCUUCUAUUCCCAUGGCCACCGCCACCACUGCCGCCUCCGCUCCUCCUUCGGCUUCCGCCUAUCCCGCGUCCUCCGCUACUCGCUUCUCCCCUAUCUCUCCGUCCUCCAAGUCGCUCUCCUCCCUCUUCCCCAAAAUCUUUCCAAAACCCCUUCAUAUUACUCCCGCAAAGAAUCCCAUCUCAGAUAUCGUCUCAUCCUACAAGAACACAAUCAAUUCAGGUACUGAUAACGCACUAUUUUUUCAUGAUGAUGACGAUAAACCUCGGGAAGAAUGUGGGGUGGUGGGUAUUUACGGAGACCCGGAAGCCUCCCGCCUCUGCUAUUUGGCUCUCCACGCACUGCAGCACCGCGGCCAAGAGGGCGCGGGGAUUGUGGCGGUGCACGAUAACGUCCUCCAGUCUGUCACCGGAGUUGGGCUCGUAUCCGAGGUUUUUAACCAGUCAAAAUUGGAUAAGUUGCCAGGAGAUAUAGCCAUAGGCCACGUGAGAUAUUCUACAGCUGGAUCGUCUAUGCUUAAAAACGUACAGCCUUUUGUUGCGGGUUACAGAUUCGGGUCGGUUGGGGUUGCCCACAACGGGAACUUGGUAAAUUACCAAGCUUUGCGGGCGGAGCUUGAAGAGAAUGGAUCGAUUUUCAACACGAGCUCGGAUACGGAGGUGGUUCUGCACUUGAUUGCUAUAUCAAAAGCCCGGCCGUUCUUUAUGAGAAUAGUCGAGGCUUGUGAAAAGCUGGAGGGUGCUUAUUCGAUGGUUUUCUUGACAGAGGACAAGCUCGUGGCGGUUCGUGACCCGUUUGGUUUCCGCCCGUUGGUCAUGGGUAGGAGGAGCAAUGGUGCCGUGGUUUUUGCUUCUGAGACUUGCGCAUUGGAUUUGAUUGAGGCCACAUACGAGAGAGAAGUUUUUCCUGGAGAAGUUCUUGUGGUGGAUAAGGAAGGGGUUCGGUCGCUGUGUUUGAUGCGUCACCCGCAGCCCAAAUCAUGUAUUUUCGAGCAUAUUUACUUUGCACUGCCGAAUUCUGUGGUUUUUGGGAGAUCCGUGUACGAGUCGAGGCGGGCAUUUGGGGAAAUCUUAGCUACUGAGGCGCCAGUGGAGUGUGAUGUGGUGAUUGCGGUGCCCGAUUCAGGGGUUGUUGCUGCGCUAGGAUAUGCUGCCAAAGCUGGUGUACCGUUUCAGCAGGGCUUGAUUAGGUCACAUUACGUUGGGAGGACGUUUAUCGAGCCUUCUCAGAAGAUUAGGGACUUUGGCGUGAAGCUGAAAUUAUCGCCAGUUAGGGCCGUCUUGGAGGGCAAACGUGUUGUUGUGGUGGAUGAUUCAAUCGUCAGAGGAACGACUUCUUCCAAGAUCGUUAGGUUGUUGAAGGAAGCUGGUGCUAAGGAGGUUCACAUGAGAAUUGCGAGCCCUCCAAUCAUAGGCUCGUGUUAUUAUGGAGUUGAUACUCCUAGUGCGGAGGAGUUGAUAUCGAAUAGGAUGAGCGUGGAGGAGAUUAGGGAGUUUAUUGGGUCAGAUUCGCUUGCGUUUCUGCCAUUUGAGAGCUUGAAGAAUUUGCUGGGGAAUGAUUCUCCCAACUUCUGUUAUGCUUGCUUUUCUGGGAAGUACCCGGUGCAGCCAACUGGUAAAGUGAAGAGGGUUGGGGAUUUUCUUGAUGAUGGAUUGAGUGGAAGUAUGGGGUCUAUUGAUGGAGGUUGGCUUCCUCAGACCAAAAAUCAAGAGGGGGUGGGAGUUGGGAAACUCAAGGUGAAGGAGGAGAUCAAGUCCUCUGCUUAGGAGUGAUCUAUUUAGCAUUUUAGUUCUGGAUACACACUAGUCUCCACAUUUACCUCUGAUUAUAAAGCUUUUCUGGUCAUGGAAAGAUCGGAUCCCUAGUUCAAUUAAAUGAAACACAUGUUUUUUUGUUUCGCAAUUUGACUGCUUUAUGUUGGAAGUAUGGGUGUCGGACCAA